AAAGCAGGAAUAUGCACACAUAUAUAUAGCCACUGUUGUGUGUUCCCCAUCAAGUGGACUUCCUCCUCCCCAACACGGGCUCGCUGGGAAAGUGAGAGAAAGAUCGGAAAACUUCUCCGUGAACCAUAUUAAUACAGGCGUGAGUUGGCCAAGCUCGCAUAGUAGAAAAAUGUUCUUCUCCGGCGAUCCAUCCACUAGGAAGCGGGUUGAUUUGGGAGGCCGCAGCUCAAAGGAAAGGGAUAGGCAAAAGCUCCUAGAGCAGACGAGAUUAGAGCGGAACCGGCGCUUAUGGUUGCGCCAGCAAAACUCUUCCGCGGUGAAAAUCCAGAAAUGCUUCAGAGGGCGAAAAGCUGUCUUAGCUGAACAGUCUAAGGUGCGAGAGCAGUUCCAUAAAACCUAUGGCAAGCACUGCCAAAAUGUAGACAGGAAUGCUUUUGGUCCAGAUUCUGAUUUCCUUCGCCAGUUGCUCUACUUCUUUAAUGCAGAAAACCUGGAUGACUUCUCGAUUCUUGUGAAAGCGUGCCAACUACUUCAACAGUUUGCUCAAGAUAGUGGGGAUACUGUUAAGCUUCUUGCUGGUUUGGAUUACUCAUCCACAUGUGCUGUAGUGAACUACCGGGUGAAGAGGUUGAUAUAUAUGUGUAUUCGUGCCAUACACCAUCACAGAUAUCAGUUGAAAGAUCAGCUUUUGUUGACUUCCAAGGAAUCUAACGCCUCAGCUCUCCCGUUAUUGGAAGUAUUAGUUUUGUUGAUCGAUCCCAAACUCCCAUGGAGCUGUAAAAUAGUAGGAUAUCUCUUUCAAAAAAAUGCAUUUGCCCUACUUAGAGAGAUUAUUCUCACUGCAAAGGAUAAUGUGGAAGAUUUUUUCCCCAGUGGAAAAGGAUCAUCAUUGGAGCGUGUACUCACUGUUUUAAUUUCUCACAUCGGUCAGAAGCCAUGUAUCUGCACAGAUUUUGAGACAAGAUUUAGUUUCUCAUCUCAGAUUCUUACGAUUCCUUUCUUAUGGCAUCUUUUCCCAUACUUAAGACAGGCUUUUGCAACACAGGGCCGGAGCCAGCAUUAUAUUCAUCAAAUGGCUAAAUGUGUGCAAAACCAGAUUAAUUUACUACCUAAGGAUAUAUCAGAUGAAUUCCCUAGCUAUGCUUGUCUGCUGGGGAAUAUACUAGAAACUGCUGGAACUGCCUUGUCUCAGCCUGACUGUUCAUUUGAUAUGGCCAUAGAUGUUGCUGCUGUUACCACGUAUUUACUGGAGGCACUCCCAUCUGUAAAAACAUCAAAUAAAGGGACUAAAGAAAGUUCUAUGAUUGCUGAGGAUGAUAUGAGUGGAAAUGAUGAAGUUAUGGAAGUAGCCAUGGAUAGGAAAUUGGAGCAGCAAAUUUGCAAUGCCAUAGAUUCGCAAUUUCUUCUGCAACUGACAAAUAUUCUAUUUAGAGAGAUGCCGUUUGUAAAUGGUUGGGAUCAUGGACCAGAUGAUAGGGAAGUGGCAGCUGUUGGCGCAGUUUGUGGGUUUCUUCAUGUUACUUUCAGCACACUCCCACUUGAACGGAUCAUGACUGUACUUGCCUACAGAACUGAAGUUGUUCCUAAGCUUUGGAGUUUUAUGAAGCGGUGCCAUGAGAAUAAAAAUUGGUCAUCUUUGUCUGAGCAGCUAGCAUACCUCUCUGGAGACGCACCUGGUUGGCUGUUACCUCUGGCUGUAUUCUGCCCUGUCUAUAAGCACAUGCUUAUGAUAGUUGAUAAUGAAGAAUUCUAUGAGCAGGAGAAACCAUUAUCAUUGAAGGAUAUCAGAAGUCUUAUUAUUAUAUUGAGACAGGCUCUGUGGCAGCUACUGUGGGUGAACCAUAACACAUCUGCUUACUCAGUGAAAUCUGUCCCAGUCAACUCUGCCAAUAAGAGGCAGUCCAUUGAAAUCAUUCAACAGAGGGUUAGCAUUGUAAUAUCUGAGCUCCUCUCCCAGCUGCAAGAUUGGAACAAUAGGCGACAGUUUACAUACCCCAGUGACUUCCAUGCUGAUGGAGUGAAUGACUUCUUCAUCUCUCAGGCUGUAAUAGAGACUACACGAGCUAAUGAAAUAUUGAAGCAGGCCCCUUUUUUGAUACCAUUUACAAGCAGGGUCAAAAUAUUCACUUCUCAACUAGCUGCGGUCAGGCAAAGACAUGGGUCGCAGGCUGUAUUUACAAGAAACCGGUUCAGAAUAAGACGAGAUCGUAUUUUGGAAGAUGCUUAUAAUCAAAUGAGUCAGUUGUCAGAAGACGACCUUCGAGGACCAAUUCGUGUGACUUUUGUCAAUGAGUUUGGGGUGGAGGAGGCUGGAAUUGAUGGUGGUGGAAUUUUCAAAGAUUUCAUGGAGAACAUCACACGAGCUGCCUUUGAUGUGCAGUAUGGGUUGUUUAAGGAAACAGCAGAUCACUUGCUUUACCCAAACCCUGGAUCAGGAAUGAUUCAUGAACAACAUCUCCAAUUUUUCCACUUUCUUGGAACUCUCCUUGCAAAGGCUAUGUUUGAAGGGAUUCUUGUUGAUAUUCCAUUUGCCACCUUCUUCUUGAGCAAAUUGAAACAAAAGUACAACUAUUUAAAUGACUUGCCUUCCUUGGACCCAGAGUUAUAUCGCCACCUUAUCUUUUUAAAGCAUUAUGAUGGUGACAUUUCGGGUUUGGAACUAUACUUUGUCAUUGUAAAUAAUGAAUAUGGAGAGCAGACAGAAGAGGAGUUGCUUCCUGGAGGAAGGAACCUGCGUGUCACUAAUGAGAAUGUCAUCACAUUUAUCCAUCUUGUAGCCAAUCACCGCUUAAAUUCUCAGAUACGUCAACAAAGUUCCCAUUUCUUGCGGGGUUUUCAACAACUUAUACAGAAGGAUUGGAUUGAUAUGUUUAAUGAGCAUGAACUUCAGCUUCUGAUAUCAGGUUCACUUGACAGCUUGGAUGUUGAUGAUCUGCGGCUACACACCAACUAUGUGGGAGGCUAUCACAGCGAACACUAUGUGAUUGAGAUGUUUUGGGAAGUUCUCAAAGGCUUUUCAUUGGAAAACAAAAAGAAGUUUUUGAAGUUUGUGACAGGUUGUUCUCGUGGACCAUUGCUUGGAUUCCGAUAUCUUGAACCCUUGUUUUGCAUACAAAGGGCGGCCGGUAAUGCUUCUGAGGAAUCUCUUGAUAGGUUGCCUACGUCAGCUACUUGUAUGAAUCUGCUCAAGCUUCCUCCUUACAAAAGCAAGGAGCAGCUGGAAACAAAAUUACUAUAUGCCAUAAGUGCUGACGCUGGGUUCGAUUUAAGCUAAAGGGAGCCUCCUUUCUUCAGUUUAUUAGUACUUUAUUUAGGUUCGGUACUGCCAGACGACAGCUCACCGGUGGGCAUGCCGUCAGCCUCAUAGGAAGCUGCAGGAGACUACAAAAUGUCAAAUGCCAUAGUGAGAAUAGCAACGCCUUGUGUAUAUAUGCAAAUUCCUUAGUUUCUGUUUAAAUGUACAUAUCUCUAUAUUAUAAAUUGAUUUUUGAAGAAGUAACGCUUCUUCGACAGGAAUUUUUCUGACGUUUUGUACUAUUAUAAUUGAAUCAGAUAUACGUUUGGAUUUUUUUGGCUAGAGUAAAAAAUUUACAUCUGCGUUGCCAGAGUGUAAAAAUAAUGUGUCAAUACUCAACUGUAUGGAUAUGCAACAUACAUAUUCAUUCCCUAUAAAUUGAUUGAAUUCAGAUGUUGGCUGCAA